CCUAACUGCUGUUGGUGGAUGUAAGGAAAACUACAGGCGAAUAUCCGUCGAAUAUACAACCUGAAACUAACUUUACCUCGGUGCUAAUCUUCUGUCUUCAGAUCAGAGAAGGAGGAGAGGAGAUGAGAUUAGAUUUAGGGCAGGCGUUUUUAGUCUAAACUAUUGAGAUGGACUUGCUCCGCGAAUUUAUUAUAACUGAAGCACUAUUCUCAGGCCCCGAUGUAGCACAACUACCACGGUUGAACGGUAGGUUAAGCAUGCAAACUAGAACUGUCUCCAACACUUAAUGUUUGGACCUUGGAGCUCAUAUGUAUAGCAGCGCCGCCUACCAAUACAGAAGUGGAUACAAGUUUCCCCCGAAGUAACCACAGCUGUUGAUACCUGCAGUAUAUCUGCCAACCUGGUCUCAGAGCAUUACGUAUUAUUCUGUAUGUUCCGAAGCAAUCCAUUUAGUAUGAUUUUUAUUUAUUUAAUUUUUAUUUAACCUUUAUUUAACUAGGCAAGUCAGUUAAGAACAAUUUUUUAUUUACAAUGAUGGCCUACCUCGGCGCCACUUGUGCGCCGGUCUAUGGGACUCCAAAUCACGGCCGGAUGAUACUGUAUGUUACGUUUCGCAUGACAGACAUGGAUUUGGACCUGGGAGGGAUAUUUCUAGAGAAUAGCACCUAUAACUACGAUGGGGACUAUGUUUAUAAAGAGGAAUGCUCCCCUGAAGAUGGCGUUGGAGUGCGUUUUGGCACGGUGUUCCUCCCAAUGCUCUACUCCCUGACGCUGGUCCUGGGGCUAGUGGGUAACGUGUUGGUCCUGGUGGUUCUGGUCCAGAGGAGGCGGAGCUGGAGCGUGACGGACACCUUCAUCCUGCACCUGGGCUUGGCCGACACCCUGCUGCUGGUCACCCUGCCCCUCUGGGCUGUUCAGGCCACUGGGGAAUGGAGCUUCGGGACCCCCCUCUGCAAGAUCACUGGAGCCAUGUUCACAAUCAACUUUUACUGUAGCAUCUUCCUGCUGGCCUGCAUCAUUCUGGACCGCUACCUGUCCGUGGUUCACGCAGUCCAGAUGUACUCUCGCAGGAAGCCCUGGAUGGUGCAGGCCAGCUGCCUGUCCGUGUGGCUCCUCUCCAUCCUCCUCUCCAUCCCAGACUGGCACUUCCUGGAGUCUGUGAGACGAGACAAACAGGAGUGUGUCCAAAACUACCCGUCUCUCUCCCAGUCUGGGUUUGACUGGCGUCUGGUCUCCCGCCUGCUCUACCAUACAGUGGGCUUCCUCCUCCCAUCUGCCGUGCUGAUCUUCUGCUACUCCUGCAUCCUGUUGCAGCUGCAGCGCGGCUCCCAGGGCCUCCAGAAGCAGAGGGCCGUCCGGGUCAUCCUGGCCCUGGUGCUGGUCUUCUUCCUCUGCUGGACUCCCUACAACAUCACCUUAAUGGUGGACACCUUUCAGGGGAGGCCUGGGGAGCCUGUUUCUGGGUCCUGUGAGAAGGGGAGGACAGCUCUGGAGAACAGUCUGGUGGUUACGUUCGCUCUAGCCUGCCUGCACGCUUGCCUCAACCCAGUGCUCCAUCUCGGACUGUGUAGAAACUUCCGGCGACGCGUGCUGGAUAUGGUGAGGUGUGUUGAGGGGGUGCAGAACGAUCCGAAACUCUCACUAUGGGAUUCAGGUGUGGUUGAAGACUCACCUGACCAAGCAGAGGAGAUGGGGACGUUGAACACAAUGACAACCAUGGGACAGGUACAGUCCACCCAGAGCUGAUGGGUAGGAAGAGGAUCCUAAUGACUAAUAUAGUAUGUCUUCCUGCCUUGAGGGGAAGUUGUAUGGGUCAUGGGUCUGGGGACUGGUGGGUGACCGUAACCUGGGUCAUGAGAGAAAGACAUGCAUAGUAGAAAGCCCCUUAUGAGGACUGCUUUCUUUGAAUUGCACUUUAAUGGAUAACGCUCACACUAAAUGUAUAUUCGUAUAAAGUCAGUGGGUUGUCUGAUCUUCACGUUUUGUUUUACCUAUCGAUGUCGUCUGGCUCUGUAGAAUCUGUUGGAAAGAUUCAUGCAUUAAUUAUUCAAACCUAUAUCUAUUGUAUUAUUAUUUUUACAGAGCACUUCACUGAAUGUAAUGGAUUUUAGAGUAAACAAUGUUCUCAGCAGACACAUACAUCCUACAUAUUUAUUUGGAAUGUGAAGCUAAACCAUUUUAUUUGGCUCUAUACUCCAGCAUUUGGGAUUUGAAAUCAAAUGUUUUGUAUUAGGCGAUGGUACAUCAUGUCACCUUUUAUUUGAGGGUGUUUUCAUACGUUUCUGUUUUACUGUUUAGAAAUGAAUGCACUUUAUGUAUCUAGUCCCCCUAUUAGGUGUCAUAAGUAUUUGGACAAAUUCACUUUAGUGUGUUAAAUUUAGUCAAAAGUUGAGUAUUUGGUCCCAUAAUUCUAGCACACAAUGGCUACAUCAAGCAUGUGACUCUACAAACUUGUUGGAUGCGUUUGCAGUUUGUUUUUGUUGUGUUUCAGAUUAUUUUGUGCCGAAUAUAAAUUAAUGGUAAAUAUUGUAUUGUGUCAUUUUGGAGUCACCUUUAUUAUAAAUAAUAAUAGAAUGUGUUUUCUUCUAUAUUAAAAUGGCUACCAUGAUUACGGAUAAUCCUGAAUCAAUCGUGAUUAAUGAUGAGUAAGAAAAUUACAGAUGCACAAAGAUCAUGCCCCCAAGACAUGCUAACCUCUCGCCAUUACCAAUAACAGGGGAGCAUAGGAUUUUCUUAGGAAUAUGAUAUUUAUAUAUCUGUAACUUUCUCACUCAAUAUUAUUCACGAUUCAUUCAUAAUUAUCUGUAUGAAGAAAUCCCAACAUUUUCUCACAGAAUAUUACAUUUUUAGUAGGACUUGUAUAUGUUACUGUUCUAUUGUGUAACUAUAAUGUUAUAUUAAACAAGUAUAUCCUGUUAUUGUAUUAUUCCAUUACUGUGUAUAAUUAAUGAAUAAGAGUAUUUUUACCUUUUUACAACAAUUGUUUCACUUUUGAUUUCCUCAAGUCGGUGUCACAAUAUCCUGUAAAUUGACCCACUCUGGGGAAGCCCGAUGUUGUUUUUACCCUUUCUUUUGACUGGUUUUAACGUGUCUGACAGCAGGAUGAGACAGGGUUUCCCACUCUGUCCCAGGAAUCCCAGGCUUGAGUUAAUUUCUUUGUUGCAACAGGCUGUUUAGGCCUUUGGCAGGCCUGAUGACACACACAGCCAUGGUUAGUGACAUCAUUGGUCAGAUGUGGUGGGAGAGGGAGACAGUAAUAUUCCUCUUUGUGACCUGCUCCCUUUUCACGGGUCUGUGUCCUCAAUAUCCGUCUGAAUACACCACUGUUUGUUUUACUAAGAGAGGACUGUAGUAGGCAUUGUCAACCAGAUGAAACUGUGGGAGAAGGUAAGAUAAGAGCAAACAGAAAUGAAGGAGGUGGGGAGAGAUGGAGAAGGAGAUAUAUUGCUGGUUUCAGCAGCUGCGGUUACCUAGAGGGAAAUGUUCAUCCGCUUCUGUAUUGUUAGGCACUGCUCUUUUUCAUAUGAGAGCCAAGGUCCAAACAAGAGGUGUUGGAGACUUCUAGUUUGCAUGCAUAUUCUAGGCUACACCAGCAGCAGUUGUGCUACACUGCGCCUGACAGAAUAGUGCUUCAGUUAUAUUAAAUUCGUGGUGCAUGUCCAUCUCAAUAGUUUAGAAUAAGGACACCUCCUGCUCUAAUCUCAUCUCCUUUCCUCCUUCACUGAUCUGAAGACACAAGAUUAACUUACAAAAAGCAACAUGGUUAUGCAUACAUAAUUAUUAUGUAUUAUAUACCUUAUGGCCCAACCUGGUCUCAGAGCAUUUUGUAUUACUCUGUAUUUAAAUCUGGGACGCUCAAUUUAUUAUGAUAUGUUACGUUUAGUAUGGUA